AUGAGUGAAAAAGUCUCAUAUAGGAUCCCCCUUGAUGAUCUAAAGUUGGAGAAUAAACAAUUUUCAUCAAAAGAUGACAUAAAGCCUUGGCUUCUGGAUGUACUACUACGAAAAAAGGGUAUUCACAUUGUUAUCGAAAGGUCUGAUGCCACUAAAAUAAUAUUUAAAUGCAAAAACAAGGAAAAGAAGACUAAAAUUAUUGAAUCAAAGAAUAAAAAUACAAAGAUUCCAAUACGACGUCAUACAAGUUGUCCCUUUAAGAUAAGAGCAAAUCUUAGCACAAGACAAAAGAUAUGGUCUAUACUGGUCAUCGACGAUCGCCAUGACCAUGUUGUUGAUUGUCAAGAAAAAGAAGAGAGUCCUCUGCCAAAGGUGCAAACACGGGAGUUGCAACCAUGUGAACCACAGCGACAACAGCAACAACCACAAUCCGGGCAACAACAACAGCAGCCCCCACUGCUAAGCACCAUAGGAACGGGUUUGAAUUUGAGCAGGAGCAAUAUGGACAAAAAAUCCAAAUUGGAGUCUGAAAUCAAGAAUAAUGACAAAUCUAGCUCCACCAACACUGAUCAAAGCUCUUCAGUGUCUGCCUUCUCACAUAGAAGCUCAGACGAAUUCAGGGAUAGUCCACCAACAUCGUUAAACCUGAUUGGAGAAGAUACAUCGACUGGCACAGAGGAGUCAUCAUCAACGUCAGGGAACUCUACCAACAACUCCAUCAGCUUGCCAAAGAAGCGCAAACUUCACUCCACUAAGGGCUAUAGCAAAAACAAGAAGGCAAAAGAAGAGCUACCAACGGAUUUUGUUGAAGUUCCCCGGCAAGCUGCACGUAAGUCAAUUUCUAAACGUGAUUUGAAUAAAGACUCAGAUGGCGCAAAGAAGCAACGAAGAAGGUCGGCGCAAGAGUCAACGCAACAAGAAGCUCCUCAUGAAGUACAAGGAUCUGCAAAAUCACCACAAAAUCCUAAACGUGAACAACUACGGUCACAUGUUCAACGUUCAAACCAAAAUCAAUACAAUGGGCAAGUUGAUCAAUUUUUUGCUUCUCAUCCCAAAGCCCAGGUACUACCUAUCCCCAAACCUCAAUCUCAAUCAAAAUCGUUGAAUGCUAUGCAGGCGUUGCAAAAUGAGGUGCGGCAAAAAAUUAAGUAUUACAUUCUUGACAAUCGAAACAUUACCGAUAAUCAAAAGACAGCCAUGCUAGAUUCAUUUGUUUCGCAGUUGUUGAUUGAAUACAAGAAUUCCUUUAGUCCUCAAUUUUUAGAAUCAUUGAGGCAAAACUUGUACGGGAGGGAUAACAUGGCUGGAGGUGUACAGGGUUCCUUGAGUGGUUAUGUUGACGCAAGAAAUUUUCAACAAAAUGGCUCAAUUAACCAACCUCCAUUAAAUAAAAAGGCUGCAUUGAACAACUGGUUGCUUAGUGGUUUGAAUGAUUCUUCGGGGUCUGGUUUACCAGGAUCAACGAUUCCAUUAUCGCCCUUGUUGAAUGACAAUGAUAGCGUGUAUGCUGCCGCAGCAGCUGCAGCUGCCGCUGGUGUUGAUGGUGUUGGUGGUGUUGGUGGUGUUGGUGGUGUUGAUGGAUCCGAUGGUCUUCAUGGUAGUUCGUUGGAGAAUUUGUCAUCAGCACCACCGAUCGCGAGCCAAGCAUCUAAUGGACUGGGCUAUGCCAAUCAAAGUAAUGGUGGCCAGUUACCACAAAUCCAAAACCAAGGUCAGCAACUUCCUCCAAUCAACAGUAUACAAAAUAAGAUUUUAUCUAAUGAAGAUAGUGGCUCAAAUGGCAACAUAAGUCUUGAUUCACAAUCAUCAACUAAUAAUAUCUUGAAUAAUUUGAGCACAAAUGGCACAUCUUUUGCGAUGGGGAAUGCUCCAGGACUAGGCGUAAACUUUGGCCCAUCAAAUGGGUCGACAAAUGCUUCAGCUAAUGGGUCUACCAGAAACAGUGGCAAUUUUACUAACCCCUCAAAUUCAUUGUCAUCGUCAUCGUUCUUUGGUAACACGUCAACAGGAAACAUGUCAUUGAUGCCUCCACUAAAUUCAUCCACAUCUACAUUGAACCCUUCGCAUAUCCUCAAGAAUAGUGUUGGUGGCAAUAGCACUGCCAAUGGGGUUAACAAUAACCAAAUGAUUAACGGUCACGGUCACAGUUCACAGACCAAUGGGAAUUCCAAUAAUCCAAACUUGACACCGCUAGGCUUCAGCCUUGGGAAAAACAUCAACCUGAACUCAUUUAUGGCUCCUAAUGCAUCGCAAUAUGGAGGCUAUAAUGGCAACGCUAAUGGGGGUGGUAACAAUAAUAACCUGUAUUUGUUUGCGUCGCCAUCUACAAAUCCACCAAAUCAAAGUAAUGGCAAUGGAAUCGGAAAUGGAGAUAAAGAUCAAGGUAUGAUGUUGGGCAAUUUAUCAAAUUAUGACCCAGGCUGGUGA